CCAGUAUUUCAAUGGCGUCUGUCUGGCAGCAUCAUCAAUCAGCUAGGGUGCAACGGAAAGACCGCCUGAGCUUUUGGGUACAGAGUCUGAGAGUUCCCGAGCAAAGUUGCUAGUUUAUUACAGAGUAUCAGGAGAAGGAAGGAAUAGCAGGCAAGUAAGAAUGGCGGGUGAAGAGAUGAUUAAAGAACUCUCUAUGGAAGAGAAUGGGAGUUUAGAGCCUUCAGUUAGCAAUGGAGAUGAUGAGUCAUUUGCAGGACACAAGGACGAGGACGAGAAGAAAGAUGCUGUUAAAAAGAAAAAGAAGAAAAAUAAAAGCAACCUUCCAGUGCAUUUGGAUGUCUCCAUGAAUGGCAAUAAUUUCCAUUUUGUUAUUGACAGGAAGAAGAAGGAACCUGCUCAGCAGACUGAUCCACCCUCUGUUCCUGUUGCUGAGCUCUUCCCAUCUGGAGAAUUUCCGGAGGGUGAAAUUCAACAAUACAAAGAUGAUAACUUAUGGCGUACAACGUCCGAGGAGAAGAGAGAAUUGGAGCGGCUUGAAAAGCCUUUAUAUAAUUCAGUUCGACAAGCUGCAGAAGUUCACCGACAGGUGCGCAAACACAUCAGAAGCAUUUUGAAGCCUGGUAUGUUAAUGACUGACCUCUGUGAGACAUUGGAGAACACGGUUCGUAAACUAAUAUCAGAAAAUGGUCUCCAAGCUGGAAUUGCCUUUCCUACGGGAUGCUCUCUGAACUGGGUUGCUGCUCAUUGGACUCCCAACUCUGGUGACAAGACAGUCCUUCAGUAUGAUGAUGUAAUGAAGUUGGACUUUGGGACCCAUAUUGGCGGAAAUAUUGUGGACUGUGCAUUUACAGUGGCAUUCAAUCCCAUGUUUAACCCACUGCUUGAAGCUUCACGUGAGGCCACAAACACGGGUAUUAAGGAAGCUGGGAUUGAUGUGCGUCUUUGUGAUGUUGGUGCUGCAAUCCAAGAGGUCAUGGAGUCUUAUGAGGUUGAGAUAAAUGGAAAGGUGUUUCAAGUUAAAAGCAUCAGAAACUUGAAUGGACACAGCAUCGGGCGAUAUCAAAUUCAUGCUGGAAAGUCUGUUCCUAUUGUAAAAGGAGGGGAGCAGACUAAAAUGGAAGAGGGUGAAUUUUACGCAAUUGAAACAUUUGGCUCAACAGGGAAAGGAUAUGUCAGAGAAGAUCUAGAGUGCAGUCAUUACAUGAAAAACUUUGAUAUUGGCCAUGUGCCAUUGAGGAUGGCAAGAGCAAAGCAGCUGCUAGCAACAAUAGAUAAAAACUUCUCAACACUAGCUUUCUGCAGGCGGUACUUGGACCGCCUUGGAGAAACCAAGUACUUGAUGGCUCUGAAGAAUUUAUGUGAUUCUGGCAUUGUUCAGCCGUAUCCUCCUCUUUGCGAUGUUAAGGGCAGCUAUGUGUCCCAGUUUGAGCAUACAAUCUUGCUUCGCCCAACCUGCAAAGAGGUGAUAUCAAGAGGCGAUGACUAUUAAUUAUGAAGUGUGAUUUUGUAGGAACUUUGAAACAUAUUCAUGUUGAAUGAAUCCAAUCCUGCUACUUGUCUUGUACUUUGAUGUUAGUGAGAAAGAGUAAAACCACAAACAUGCUCCAUUUUCUUCCAUCACAGAUCUCGUUGAGUGGCUAGAUGAUUGUUGGUUGAGUAAGCUAUAGAACUGUUCUCCGAAUCCUGAAUUUGCACCUCAGUAAUAUUCUUAUCUAUGUUGUAAUCUUAACUUGUCAUGUUCAUGAAUGAUUUUUCAUAGUUCUAUUAAUGCUUCUGCACAUUCUAUAAAUCGCUUCAGCU